AAACAAAAUUUGUGUCAAAAAUCUUCUGUUGAUCGAAUUGUUUACUAAUUUCGCCAACCAUACCGGAGAAAUACCGCUUUCGUUUUUAUCGCAGACAUUCGUUAAAACAAUGUCCGGGCAGUUUCCUAGUGGCUACCAAAGUCCCAGUGGGCAGCGAGGUAAUUUUAACAGUCCAAUGAUGCAGCAGCAGUUAAAUCAAAUGGGUGUUUCCAAUCAGAUGGGAAUGAUGGGCUUUGGCCAAAACAAUGUUAUGUCAAAUCAGCAACAAAUGCAAUCGACCGGCUCCCAGGGUGGCCAAGAAAUGGUCAUGAACCCAAACGUUCAACAGCAGCAAUUGCAGAUGACCGGCCAGCAACCUUCAAAUCCGAGUCAAGUGCCCGGCCAAGGCCAGCAGCAACCACAGGGUCAAAAUCAGCCACAACAGCAACAGCAAGCACCACAACAAUCUCCACAGCUUGGAAUGGCUACUGCUGGUCAAAAUCCUACAACUACCGGAGGAAAUAUGAUGACAAACGCACCGCCAGGACAGCCUGGAUCUGGCCCGGUAGCAAAUCUACAAGCGUCAAAUACACAGCAGAAAGAGUUUAACCUACUGACGCUUUGCCGAAUCGGUCAAGAAACUGUACAGGAUAUCGUAAGUCGUUUCCAGGAAGUGUUCGGUAUUCUACGUGUAAUUCAACCACCGAAUGGAACGAAUCAAGGGCUCACCUCUAGCAAUGACAAGAAAGCUAAAGUUCAAGAACAAUUUCGUACUAUCCGAUUGCUGUUUAAAAGAUUGCGGCUGCUGUAUGAUAAAUGCAAUGAUAACUGUCAGCAGGGUAUGGAAUACACGCACGUGGAGAGUUUGAUUCCUUUGAAGGGUGAACAAGAACGGGCUGAGCCGGUGCACACGGAAGAGUACAAGAAAGCACUGCAGGAGAACCGCGAACUCAUUGAAAUUGUGAUGCUCAAGAACAAACAGUUGAGGGAGAUUAUUGACAAGAUACGGCUCACGAUUUGGGAGAUCAAUACAAUGCUGAGCAUGAGAAGGUGUUGAGGGUAAUAAGUAAGCUCGAAUCUUACGCUACUUUUGUAGUAAGGGGGAAAACAAUUCGACAUAGAUUUUUCAUUAGGGCUUAAAUCGUAAAUGUAAACAAACUGCGUUUUCGAUAUUAUGUCAUUAUGUGACUAAAAUGCUACAAGAUUGAGGUGAAAAUUAGUUAAAAUGGUUUAAAGAUCGAUUUAUAAUUAAAGAAAACAAAACGACGAAACAUUCAUUUUCUUCGAGAAUGCGACUUAGGCCCUUCUCAUAUGGAAUAUAAAGGCUAAACUAACAUUUUUUGACAAGGGCAAAUGGUUAUUAUUCACAAAAUUAUUCUGUAAACGGCGGUUCUAUUAUAUAAAUGAUAAUUAAUAUCUAUUGUGAUCAUGUCUACUCGGUGGUUGCUGCAAAUAAACAUUCGAGUAUUUCAAUAUUUUCAAGAAAUUUGAAGAAAAGAUGCACGCGCCCUUUCAUUUACAUUGGGUUUCUAUGCGCCCAUUUGCUGAGCCCUAUUAAAAAUAUCCUAUCAAGCUCGCCUAUUUACCCAGCUCUACCCAGCAAAACAGAGUUAGUUUAGUCAGUUUAGACCAUUUACCUUCUGAAAAUCAUGUUCACGGUUUAGCCCUCUCGCAAAAAACGAUUGCUGGAGGGGGAAAUCACGACUGGAAUGCAAAUUGGGCGUAGCCAUUUUCUAGUUUCUACCCACUAAAACACAUAGGAAUCAAAUUCUUUGUUGUAUUGUUAUAAGGUUUAAUCAAAGAUGCUUUAGGAAAAACAUGGUCAUAAAGUAAUUUAUACCUACAAUAACAGCUACAUUUAGAAAAGCAUCGUUGAGUAUUGAAACUGAUUUUUCUCCAUUUGAGUAC